AUGACAGCGCCAUUGUGGCAAAAUAAGAAUGAGAAAAACCACACUGUUAAACGAGUCUUAUCAACAGAUAUGACCGAUAACAUUUUGAGUAGCACCAGUACAAGCCCAAAGGAAGAAGACUCUAGAAGCUCUUCCGCCGUUGACAUACGAUCCGGAACAGUGAUCAACACUCCUGACAAUGUUAGCAGUACUAGGAAGAGGCUUGCAUGCACAAAUUGUAGAAACAGAAGAAAAAAAUGUGACUUGGGAUUUCCCUGUGGGAACUGCUCUAGGUUAGAAUUAGUCUGUAACGUUAAUGAUGAAGACUUAAGAAAGAAGCGGUAUACCAACAAGUACGUCAAGUCUUUAGAAAGCCAUAUAGCUCAAUUGGAGACCAAUUUGAAAAACCUUGUUCAAAAAAUCUAUCCUGAUGACGACCAAAUGCUGAAUCGAAUGAUGGUAGGAGAUGUUAUGUCAGUUUUCUCAGAAAGGUCCCAAGUACCAGAUGAAUAUUCUGAUCAAACCUCGCCGCUUCCAAUCCCCGCAACUAGAGGUACGUUUAUUAUUGACAAUGACAAAGCCAAUCAAACGCCAUCGUCUUUUAGAAAACCAACACCUACAUCUACCAUAAACUCUGGUAUCUUUGAUUCCCAAAAACAGGAUUUCGCUAAUUCGCUUGAUGGCCGAUUACUUUUACCAAGGUCAAUAACUCCACAAGGUGAAAAAAGGAAGAAGCCACUAGUAAAGGGAAGUCUUUAUCCUGAAGGCCCCGUAAGUUAUAAACGGAAACCAUUGAGUACGCCAGACGGUUUGUUGUCGGCAUCUUCAUUAGUAACGCCCGUAGAUCCAGUUACUUUUCCUGAUGGUAUAACAGGGAACAACCCCACGCUUGAAAAUGGCGGACUCAAAAAGCGUAUAUCUGAUUUGAAGACCACUGUGAUUGUAAGGGGAUUGAAUGACGAUAAUCCUAACUCUCUCAAUAACGAUCCAAGGAUUCUGAAAUCCCUCUCUAAUUUUUAUAAAUGGUUAUAUCCUGGUUACUUCAUUUUCGUUCACAGAGAGAGUUUUCUCUAUGGGUUUUUCAAUCACUCUAAAAAUAACUACGAAGAUUCUAAUUACUGUUCUGUCGAAUUGAUUUAUGCCGUGUGUGCAGUGGGUUCAAGGUUAACACCAGAUUUACAUGAGUAUUCAGAAGUGUAUUAUGAACGAAGUAAGAAAACACUAUUACAACUUGUCUUUGAUGAGCAAAGUACGGCGCGCAUCACCACAGUGCAAGCGUUGUUUUGCUUAGCUUUCUACGAGUUAGGAAAAGGUAAUAAUCAAUUAGGAUGGUAUUUUUCUGGUCUGGCUAUUAGGGUCGGCUACGAUAUGGGGUUCCAAUUGGACCCUAAAGUCUGGUACAUUGAUGAUAGUAAUCUACAGUUGACCCAAAGUGAACUGGAAAUAAGAUCAAGAAUCUACUGGGGCUGUUACAUAGCAGAUCAUUUUAUCUGCCUAAUGUUGGGUAGAACUUCCACGUUAAGUGUCAGUAACUCGACCAUGCCAGAUUCAGAUGAACUACCAGAAGUAAACGGUACGGAAGAGUUUAGGUUUAUUGGAAGACAUGUUUUACAGAUUUCACUGCCAUUGAAAAACUUGAUAAUUUUAUCAAGACUUGUACAAAUUUUCACUUCCAAAAUUUUUAUUGAGUCAGAAGACAUAGCGCAAAAAGUAAAGUACUUGAAUACUUUCAACUCUCAAGUUUACAACUGGAGACAAUCCCUACCAGAGUUUUUGCAAUGGUCUAAGACGCUCAUUGAGGACGAUGACGUAUCCACUGACCCUACUAUAUCGUACUUCUGGUAUUACUACUAUAUAGUACGGCUUACUUUCAAUAAGCCGUUUAUAGAAGACUCCCAUGAAUCAGAGACAGUGGUUAUAGAGAUUAUUGAUGAUUUGAAGACUCUGUUAGACAAUUUCGGGAAGAAAUUCGGAAAUUAUACCAAAGGUAACCUCUACCAAAUAUACGCCUGCCUACUGGCCAUCAACUGUCUGAAGAAGCUGAAGGAAACGCGCUCCAGUGAGCAAGAUUCGUGGAAUGCACAACUAGACUUUUUCAACCACAUCUUUUAUACACAACUGUCCCCGUCAUACGAACUGCCGAAGCGACUACAAGAGGACACGGAGCUGGAAACAGAACAAGAAAACCAGACGUUGAACCAAGUCGGCAACAUAAACUACACGCACGACUUCUCGCUCUCCCAUGAGAUCGAUGAUCUUAUCAAAGAGCUUUUCGGAGUAGGCACGCCCCAGAAACUCUAA